UCCCCCAAGUCAGUUCCUGAAGUAAAGGUUGUUUCAUCCAAAAAGUCGAACGGAGAAUCGUCGCAAGCUGGGAAGAAAUCCAGAUCUUCUAAGAGGACUGCAGAGUCCUCCGCUCUAACCAAGGGAAAUGUAUCAAAGAAGGCUAAAAAGAAGAUGAAGCAUGUGCAGGAGCAUGAGUCCGCUGAUGAGAAUGUUGAUCAUGCUGCGAUCUUAGAAGAGAAGGGCGCUAAAAAACAGUUGUUUCAACGUAUAUGGAAUGAGGACGAUGAAGUUUCUAUUUUGAAAGGAAUGAUCGAGCAUGGUGAAAAUGAAGGGAUUGAUCCAGCUUUACUGGAUAUGUUUUCUUUCUACGACUCCAUUAGAGAUUCAAUUCAGUUAGAAGUCAGUAGAAGCCAAUUAACUUACAAAGUAAAGAAGCUGAAGAAGAAGUUUUUGAAAAAUCUGGAGAAAAGUUACGACGGUAUUAAUAGAACUUUCGCAAACGAUCAUGACCAGAAGUGUUAUGAUUUAUCCAAGAGGAUAUGGGGAACUACUACAUGUAAAGGAAGUCUUAGCGCCAAGGUGUCUAGGAAUAGGAAAGGGAACAAUGCUGUUGAAGUCAAAGCCAAAAAAUCUAACUUGGGUUCAUUUAACUCGGAGAAGAAGAAUGUACCCACUGAUACGGAGGUUGAUCGUGCUGUUGCUGAUCCAUCCAAUGUCGUAUCUUUCUGUAUGGACUUGAGCUUGGAAAAGAAAAUUGAGGAAUACGCGUCUCAGCUGAUUACAAGUGCGAAGAAGUCAGAAUUGGACAGUGUGUUCAGGGAAUUACAAGUGAAGGAGACAGAGGCUUACUUUCAUCGCCUUGUCCACUUGCGUGAGAAGGCAAUUCUGGUGUUGGAAGCAUUGCGUUCCAACACAAAUUAAGUAAUAGGACUUUCAUGGAGAUAUGAACCAAGCUGUUAAUGCGUAUUUUACUGAAGGCGAUAGAAACAAGUGAGUGUGUUUUUUCUUUUUCAUUUUUCGUUAUUUAAGUUCUAUUACUAAACUGAUGUUGAAUGGAUGUUUUUUUUCGUUGUUUCGUUACUUUUCUCCAGAUUUUUCAAAAACUUCUUCUUCAGCUUCUUUACUUUGUAAGUUAAUUGGCUUCUACUGGCUUCUAACUGAAUUGAAUCUCUAAUGGAGUCGUAGAAAGAAAACAUAUCCAGUAAAGCUGGAUCAAUCCCUUCAUUUUCACCAUGC